GACGAGCAUUACUUCACUAACAAUGCCUGCAACAUCGUCCCCAGCACAGUCAUACUCGCAGCAACGUAUAACACCACCACACAGAUAUCCGUGCCAAUAUGUCCAGUCCAUCAACUCCAGCUCUCUGCCACAUCGAGAUCAACGGGACGAGACUCGCCUACCGUGAGUCUGGACAAGGCGAACCGCUAGUCCUCGUCCACGGACACCUUUCGGACCAUCGCACCUGGACGAUCCUUGAACAUCAACUAUCGACUCGAUUCCACAUCUACAACUACAGCAAACGCUACUCAUGGCCGAACGAAUCGAUCCCAGACGGCCAAAAUCCCUCGUGGGAACAAGACUCGCUCGACCUCGAGUCAUUCAUCGAGACUCUUGAUAUCAGUCCAGUACACGUUCUGGGAAACUCGUCUGGGGCCACCGUCAUCCUCUGGCUCGCCCGGACCAAACCACAUCUCUUCCAGACAUUGCUACUAGAAGAGCCGCCACUGAUCACGCUGUUCGUGCCGACUAUGCCUCCUGAUCCAUGGACACUUCUCUCGUUAUUGCUCCGGCACCCCAUCUCCUUCUGCUACGUCAUGCCAUACGGUGCCAACACCGUCGGGCCUGCUAGUGCACAAGCCAAGAAAGGCGAAUACGAGCUGGCACUCACUACCUUCGCCAGCGGCUGUCUCGGCCCCAAGUUGUGGCCUCGCAUCCUGGCCAACCCUGAACGAAUGCAUCAAGUCGACAACAAUGCCAAGGUAAUCUGCCAGUUUUUAAGGUACGGCAAAAUGCCCAUAUACCUUGUUAGAGAUGCGCGCAGUAUCAGGGUGCCCGUACUCGUCAUCACGGGCACUGAUGGGCCAUACUUCGCGCAGUGUAUCAACCAUGAGUUACUCAGGGUUUGUGGCGCCUCGAGGAAGAAGGAGGUCAAGAUCCAGGAGGCAGGGCACUUGAUUCAUGAGGACAACCCCAACCAAGUGUUGGAGGAGAUCAUAAGAUUCGUAUUUGGAAAGCAGACCACAAUAUGAAGCUAGUAAGAAACCUUGUUCUUUACGUAGGUUUGAUACCAACAGAACCAACAUCUUCUUCUCAUCCCAAUGUCCUGGGCGUCAUGGUACACACAUCACGUCCUUCAACACAAGCAUCGGCUUCACCGCCCCAUGCCAGUCUCGAUACUCAUACGUCAACUGGAAAUGUAUCCUCGUCUGCAACGCAUGCGCAAAUGGGUACUCUCUCGUCUCGAAAGCAGCGCAAUGCAAGACCAACACAACCCAAUACAGUAAUCCGAUAUUCUUUCCCCACAGUCCAUCGAGCUCCGUCUUUGCCAGGG